AUGAUCAUCGGAUGGACCAGUAUGCUUUGGGCUAAAGUCAUGUUAGUGCUGGUCGGAGGAGGUCGAUAUAAAGGUGCCCCAAAAAUGCUUGGCCGCAGAAGACAAGGGAGGAAGACCUGCUCUUUGAAAAGUGCGGUUGACUUCAAAAUCAAUACGCAUCCAGUCCCCAGUCUUGACAGCUUGCGCGUUGACCUCCCGCGCGAAACCCAUCUUCCUUGGUUCUUUGGUGAUCCCUCGAGAUACGCACGAGCGCACCUGGACAACACGUUCGACGUGUCACAUCGUCGGAAUGAUAUCCGGAAACGUCGGUAUGGGCGCUCCGUUCAUACUUACAAACAUACGCAAUUCCACAAUCAUGGCUAUGGAUAA